AUGGCGAAGUCUACCAGGGAGAUGCGGGGUCUUGCCCUGCUGGUGACCCUAGCUAUUUGCGGCCUAAGCUACACCUUUGUGGCUCCACAGGUGUCGAACACCUCCCGCGAGUUGAACACUUCCCUUCGUGCGGCCGGGGAGUACACAGGCUUCGUGCCAGACAUGCAGCGCCGACAGCUGAUGAACUUCGUCCUGGUGACCACCGCCGGCAUCCCCGUCUUGGUGGCUUUGGGUUGCUACCUCUGGUACUUCGUGCCUCCUGUGGCAGGUGGUGGCGGUGGUGCGCAACUUGCGGGAGAUGUCGAUGGCAAUCCCGUGACCCUGGAGGCCUGGGUGAAGGGCCAUAAGGACAACGACCGUGAGCUGGUGCAGGGAUUGAAGGGCGAGCCCUUCUACCUGAUCUCCACCCCGGACAACAUCAAGGACUUCGCUCUCCUGUCCGUGUGCACUCACCUUGGUUGCGUCGUUCCAUGGAACAAGGCCGCCAACAAGUUUUGCUGCCCUUGCCAUGGCUCCCAGUACGACGAGAACGGCAAGGUGGUGCGUGGCCCUGCCCCACUGUCCUUGGCCUUGGCUCACACCACCACCAUUGAGGGCAAGUUGGCCUUGAGCCCAUGGACUGAGCAGGACUUCCGCACCGGCCUUGUGUUGAUCGUGGGCUUGUUGGCUGCUUUGGCGGCCACUAGCGCCUUUGUUGGCCCACAGGCUCCAAGCGUGUCGCGCGGCGAAGUGAGCACCAUGCGCGCUGCGGGGGAGUACACGGGCUUCGUGCCGGACAUGCAGCGCCGACAGCUGAUGAACUUCGUCCUGGUGACCACCGCCGGCAUCCCCGUCUUGGUGGCUUUGGGCUGCUACCUCUGGUACUUCGUGCCUCCUGUGGCAGGUGGUGGCGGUGGUGCGCAGCUUGCGGGAGAUGUCGAUGGCAAUCCCGUGACCCUGGAGGCCUGGGUGAAGGGCCAUAAGGACAACGACCGUGAGCUGGUGCAGGGAUUGAAGGGCGAGCCCUUCUACCUGAUCUCCACCCCGGACAACAUCAAGGACUUCGCUCUCCUGUCCGUGUGCACUCACCUUGGUUGCGUCGUUCCAUGGAACAAGGCCGCCAACAAGUUUUGCUGCCCUUGCCAUGGCUCCCAGUACGACGAGAACGGCAAGGUGGUGCGUGGCCCUGCCCCACUGUCCUUGGCCUUGGCUCACACCACCACCAUUGAGGGCAAGUUGGCCUUGAGCCCAUGGACUGAGCAGGACUUCCGCACCGGCCUUGACCCUUGGUGGAAGUGA